AGAAGCGAAAACCCAAUACGACAACACAUCAUAUGCAAAAUGGCCUUAAAGCUACAGUCUCACAUUGAGAGAGUCCUGUGGGACCAACACCAAAUCUCUCGCCGCGUCAGCGAGCUGGCCUCCCAAAUCUCCGCCGAUUUCGGUGGCGCCGCCAAUUCAGACUCACCACCACCACCACCACCACCUGUCCUCGUUGGCGUGGCCACCGGAGCUUUUCUCUUCUUGGCUGACCUAGUAAGAAACAUCGACCUUCCCAUCUCCGUUGAUUUCGUUCGUGCCGAUUCCUACGGCUCCGGUACCAUCUCCGCUGGGGCCCCCAAGCUCUCACUUGACUUGAAGGUUGAUGUCAAGGGAAAGCACGUUAUAUUGGUUGAGGACAUUGUUGAUACGGGAAGAACUCUAUCGUGUCUGAUUGCUCAUUUGGAAUCAAAAGGAGCAUCCUCUGUAUCAGUUUGUGCCUUCCUUGAUAAACCUACAAGAAGAAAGGUUCAUUUUCAGCCACUGGGUCAAGGAAAGUUUUACAAGGGGUUUGAGUGUCCAGAUUAUUUUGUUGUGGGUUAUGGAAUGGACUUUGCGGAAUUAUAUAGGAAUUUGCCUUACGUUGGUGUCUUGAAGCCUGAAUGUUACAAAGAAAGCAAGCCAGAGCCUUAGAGAAAAUCUUUAACUCUCCUUCUUCAUUUCUCUCACCAUUGCAUACACCUUUGAGAGAAAAUUGUAACAUUCAUCUCCAUCACCAAAAACAGAGUGUUGUGAAUUAAUUGAAGGCAUGUAAACCAUUGGAGCUCUACAAGUUUGGUGGAUAUCUGUUGGCAGCUCAACGGUAAUGACUUUGGGAAGC